AUGAGUGGUAAACCACUGGACAGAGGGAUGAGUUGCGAGGAGGAGAUAGAGGAGCGGUUGCGACGCCUCAAGUCGGACGAGACGAGCGAAGAGCGAUCGGUUCGCUCGCAGAAGGCCAUCGAAGAGCGGUUGGCGCGCCUGAAGGGAAUGGAUCCCAAACACUACUCCAUGCCUCCCAUCACUGUCUUUCAGCCCAUACGCCAUAAGACGGACACACAGAAGGCCGACGACCUGUUGAGUCAGUUCGCCGAAGAGCUCAAGAUUGACGACUCGUAUCGACACCCGUUGCCCAUCGACACGAGACGCCUGUCCACCGAUCAGGACAUUGAGCGCCGUUUGGCGCGUCUUAAGGGCGAUGAGGGCUCCGAUGAGAGACCGAAAGGGACGUCCGUUAUGGACAUCGACACCGAUUUGGACGACGAGGAGAUCGAGAAGCGUCUGUUUGAGCGCUUGUUGGCCGAGAGUAAACUGCCGGCCAUUCCCACCCUCCCGUUGGACCCGCAGGUGCUCGAGGUGUGCGAGGAGUCCGUAGGCAUGGGCUCCGACUGUCUUCCCUGGUGUCAGAUCUGCAACGAAGACGCGGUCAUCAAAUGCAUCGACUGUUGUGGUGAUCUCUACUGCAAGGAAUGCUUUCUUGAUUUUCACGACGACUCCGACCUUAAGAAACACAGAACAGAGCCCUUCAGAGCACCGGUCAGUCAACACAGCUUUUGAGUGGGAUUUGUGUCACUUAUUCUUAACCUCUGUUUUGUAUCAUUAUUUCCAACACUAUUUGAAUGCAAUUUAUCAUAAAUUAUUACAUUUUAUAAAUCAUCGCUUAAUUAAACACAUAUUUUAAUUAUA